AUGCAGGGAAAGAGGAGUUCAGGGAAAGAGCGAUACACGAAAAGAGCAGUGCAGGGAAAGUGCAGAGCAGCCAAAGAGCGAUACACGAAAAGAGCAGUGCAGGGAAAGAGGAGUGCAUUGAAAGAGCAGUGCAUGGAAAGAGGAGUGCAGGGAAAGAGCGAUACACGAAAAGAGCAGUGCAGGGAAAGAGCGAUACACGAUAUGAGCAGUGCAGGGAAAGCGCAGUGCAGGGAAAGAGCGAUACACGAAAAGAGCAGUGCAGGGAAAGAGGAGUGCAGGGAAAGAGCAGUGCAGGGAAAGAGGAGUGCAGGGAAAGAGCGAUACACGAAAAAAGCAGUGCAGGGAAAGAGCGAUACAGGAAAAGAGCAGUGCAGGGAAAGAGGAGUGCAGGGAAAGAGCGAUACAGGAAAAGAGCAGUGCAGGGAAAGAGGAGUGCAGGGAAAGUGCGAUACACGAAAAGAGCGGUGCGGGGAAAGAGCUAUACACGAAAAGAGCAGUGCAGGGAAAGAGCUAUACAGGGAAAGAGCAGUACAGGGAAAGAGGGGUGCAGGGAAAGAGCGAUACACGAAAAGAGCAGUGCAGGGAAAGAGGAGUGCAGGGAAAGAGCGAUACACGAAAAGAACAGUGCAGGGAAAGAGCGAUAUAGGAAAAGAGCAGUGCAGGGAAAGAAGAGUGCAGGGAAAGGGCGAUACACGAAAAGAGCAGUGCAGGGAAAGAUCAGUGCAGGGAAGGAGCGAUACACGAAAAGAGCAGUGCAGGGAAAGAGCUAUACAGGAAAAGAGCAGUGCAGGGAAAGAGGAGUGCAGGGAAAGAGCGAUACACGAAAAGAGCAGUGCAGGGAAAGAGCUAUACAGGAAAAGAGCAGUGCAGGGAGACAGGAGUGCAGGGAAAGAGCGAUACACGAAAAGAGCAGUGCAGGGGAAGAGCUAUACAGGAAAAGAGCAGUGCAGGGAUAGAGGAGUGCAGGGAAAGAGCUAUACACGAGAAGAGCAGUGCAGGGAAAGAGGAGUGCAGGGAAAGAGCGAUAUAGGAAAAGAGCAGUGCAGGGAAAGAAGAGUGCAGGGAAAGGGCGAUACACGAAAAGAGCAGUGCAGGGAAAGAUCAGUGCAGGGAAGGAGCGAUACACGAAAAGAGCAGUGCAGGGAAAGAGCUAUACAGGAAAAGAGCAGUGCAGGGAAAGAGGAGUGCAGGGAAAGAGCGAUACGCGAAAGAGCAGUGCAGGGAAAGAGCUAUACAGGAAAUGAACAGUGUAGGGAAAGAGCGAUACAUUGA